AAACGAGCGCACCCAGAGUCAGGCAGACAAUUUAAUCGACGAGGUGGGCUGUGCAGGGCGGGGUUUUAUUUCCGAACCACCCAACUACUUGUGUGGCAACAUUGACAGCUAUCGUCUUCUAUUUCACUCGUCUAUCUUACCCAUUUAAACAUUUGACGGCGUCAGUCAUGGCUGCUACACAAUGUGUCACGAAGGUGGAGCUAACUGUGACUUGUGAUAAUCUCCUGGAUAAAGAUAUCGGCUCCAAGUCCGACCCUCUGUGUGUGCUGCUGAUGAGCAGCAAGGAGGGCCAUUGGUAUGAGGUUGGUCGCACAGAGCAGGUCCAAAAUUGCCUAAGCCCCAAGUUUGCCAAGAAAUUUGUCGUGGACUACUACUUUGAGAUCGUGCAGAAGCUGCAGUUUGGCAUCUACGACAUUGACAACAAAACGGUGGACCUGAGUGACGAUGACUUCCUGGGACAGCUGGAGUGCACCAUGGGCCAGGUGGUGUCCAGCAAAAAGUUAACUAGACCGCUCAUCCUGAAGAACUCUACUCCAGCAGGGCGUGGCAGCAUCACGAUCAUGGCUGAAGAAAUAAAUGACAACAGAGUGGCCAAUUUUGAGGUGGAAGCAAGGAAACUGGAUAACAAGGAUUUCUUUGGAAAGUCUGACCCUUACUUGGAGUUUUACAAGCAGACAGAAACUGGGUGGCAGCUAGCUCACAGGACAGAGGUGGUGAACAACAACCUGAAUCCAACAUGGAAGCCCUUCCGUAUCCCGGUACAGUCGCUCUGUGGUGGAGACAUGGAGAAACCCAUAAAGGUGGAAUGUUACGACUACGACAAUGACGGAUCACAUGACCUCAUCGGAUCCUGCGAGACCACGUUGAAACGCUUCCAGGAGGCGACUCGAUCCUCUCCGGCGGAGUUCGACUGCGUCAACAGCAAAAAGAAACAGAAGAAGAAGGGCUACAAAAACUCUGGCGUCAUCAGCGUGAAGCUUUGUGAGGUGAAGAAGGAGUACACCUUCUUGGAUUACAUCAUGGGAGGUUGUCAGCUCAACUUUACUGUCGCCAUCGACUUCACGGCGUCCAACGGUGACCCCCGAUCUCCGGAGUCACUCCACUACAUUAGCCCACAGGGGGUCAACCAGUACCUCACGGCCACAUGGUCCGUGGGCAACGUCAUCCAGGACUACGACAGCGACAAGAUGUUCCCUGCCUUUGGAUUUGGAGCUCAGGUUCCUCCCCAAUGGCAGGUUUCUCACCAGUUCCCUCUGAACUUCAACCCGUCUAACCCUUUCUGCUCCGGGGUGGCUGGGGUGGUGGAGGCCUACCGUGUGUGUCUGCCCCAGGUGAAGCUCUAUGGCCCCACCAACUUCUCCCCCGUCAUCAACCACGUGGCCUGCUUCGCCAAACAGGCCAUCCAGCAGACCACCGCAUCGCAAUACUUUGUGCUGCUCAUCAUCACCGACGGCGUGAUCACGGACAUGGACCAGACGCGCAACGCCAUCGUCAACGCCUCCCGCCUCCCCAUGUCCAUCAUAAUCAUCGGCGUGGGCGGAGCCGACUUCAGCGCCAUGGAGUUCCUGGACGGCGACGACGGGCGGCUGCGCUCUCAGACCGGCGAGUCGGCCAUGCGGGACAUCGUCCAGUUUGUCCCCUUCAGGGACUUCCAGAAUGCCCCAAGCCAGGCUCUUGCCCAGAGCGUACUGGCCGAGCUCCCGCAGCAAGUGGCCACCUUCUUCGGCCUAUUUGGGCUGAAGCCUCCCAAGGAGGCCAGUGCAUCCUAGGGGGUACCUCGGUUCUUUAGAAUUGUUUAUAACAACAACAAGAAACAAACCCUUAACCCGCUGCCUUGGCCGCUUGUCCUUAACCUUCGUGCAUGAACCCUUUCUCCCUCCGCCCCUGCAUGACUUUCUGUCCUCAAGCUCAGCAGCGUUUUUUGUACGUCUCCAUGUGGAUGCCACCCCCUUUCCCAUUCAGAAGUCAUUUUUGAGAUGAUUUUCUUUCAUUGUUUAGAAGAGUGACCCUUGCCCUUGCCAUUGCCCUGGUUAUCUUUUCUCUUUUGUAUCUGUUCGAGGCCUUGUAAGAUUUCAUUCAAGUAUCAGUGACACUGUGACAUACUGGCUUGGCUACCAACGUUUUUAAACAUUUGUUAGGCUGCCUUUAUAAACUGCAUUAUUAAUGCAAGCAUAUAUUAACCAGGAAAGUAAAGUUUUUAUAAUACAUUGUUAUUUGGCGCCGCCAGUGACGUUGAAAAAAUGGUCUCUGAUUCAAAGGCAAGUGUCUUAUUAAUCUAUUGUCUAGUUGUUUCAUGUUUAGAGGUCAACUGCAACACGCAUACAUGUAUUGACUUACACAGGUACUUGGGGUGAGCCAGAGAGUGACAGCUGUAACUGGACUGCGGUUUGAAUACAGCAUUCAUUCAUUCACUGCAUGUAGACCGCCCAUCCCUUCCUCAAGUUCAUUAAUUGACUCUGUAGCUGUUAAGUGCUUUUGGAUAUGUACUUCUGGUCCUCGUGUACGAUAUCAAACCCCCCGAUGUGUCAUGUCUCCUCCCUGAUCCAGGCCCCCCCAGAGGCCCUGGCCCGGAGCGUGUUGGCUGAAGUCCCCGCGCAGGUGGUGGGCUUUUUCACCUCCACGGGCCUGAACCCACCCGCCGACAACAACAGGAGCACCAACCCCACUCCGGCUCUCGUGGGGACCGUCUAAUUGUGCAUGAUGAGGGAGGGUUACAGGGGGAACUCGCCACUAGUCACCGUCCAGCACCUAAAGAAGUACCGUACGGACCGCAAGGUCCCUGAGUCAAACCUUCCCUUGACCCCACGAGCGUGGCUCUAGAAGGGUAUCCGUACACGCGUAACGUAGCUCGUUCUGCAAGCCUUCUGUGCCAAAUAUCGCCUGCCUGGCUCCCCUCUUACCUGUGCACCAGUGAAAGUGACCAAGCACACUCUUACACUCCGCACUGAUGGAUAUGUUUGCUUUAGCCAAUCGGCAAAGGGACUUUGCUCGCAUGCAUGUUUUAUCCAAUGUUAUCCCCUGUGUAUAUAUAGCAUUAUGUAUUCAACAUUUAUCUUUAUCACACAGCACAAUUUUCUAUUUUUUUAAUUAUUUAGUUUUUAAGAUUUUCUGUGUUCUGCGUCACAACUGUGCAUUUAUUAAACACCUGUAGGUCCAUAUAUUGUCUGAUAGUAUAUACAUGUGUAAGAUUGGUCCAUAGCCUAUGGAGAGUUUUGCCCAAAACAUCUCAUUUUAUUAUUACCAAAGUAUUGUUUAGUGUGUGUUUUUCACGUUAUUGGCCAAUUCUUUAACAUGUUUUUGUAAUAUUCUGAGGCUUUUAUUGUUGCAGUGCCAUUUCUUUGCGUUCUUUGACAUGACUUGUAUCUCAGGAAUGUUUAAAUAAUCGCAAUCCAGGAGACUCAUGACAUGUAUAAUUUCCAAAGAAGGGAGUAUCAUUUCGAAAGAAGGGAGUAUCAUUUUAUUUCCAGAGAAGAGUAGCCUCAAAGCAUCGUCAAAUCCAUUGUUGUCCAAAAUUCACUAUACACUAAUUCCACAUCACGUGUAUUUCAUUGUUGAUCAUGCGUUUAAAAUUUUAACUAAUGUUUAGCUCCUGCAUUAUCUUUCAGCAUUGACUGGAUUAUCAUGUUAUGAAAUGACCCACCAGUUUAUAUUUACAUUGUAAUCAAUAAUGUUGAAAUAAAUGUAAGUAUCACAUCAA